AUGACAACAAAAGGCAGCUGCUUCUGCACCGCCAUCCGCAUCGAAUGCACCAGCCCGCCCCUCACCACGGCAAGUUUUACCUGUCCUGGCCUCUGCCACUGCCACGACUGCCGCAAACUCACGGGCUCCGCCUACUCGCACAGCGUCCUCGUGCCCACCGGUGCCUUCCGCGUGGUCGCCGGCACGCCCAAGGCCGUGGCCAAGACGGCCGACAGUGGGAAUGCGGUGCGGAAUUAUUUCUGUGGGGAUUGCGGUUCGCCGCUGUAUGGACACAGGAUCCAUGCUGAUGGGCGGCCGGCGGAGGUGACGGUUGUGAGGGCGGGGGUGCUGGAUGAUGCUGGGGUGUUGGAGAGGAGGCCCGAGGCGGAGUUGUUUACGGGGAGGCGGUUGGGGUGGGUUGGGGCGGUGGAGGGGGCGGGGCAGGACUAUUGUAGCUCGAAAUCAACGCUCUAG